AGAAAUAAAACCCACAAAUUUCUUCAACGACCUACCAUUUUGCGCACGCAGACAGAGACUCACAGAGAGCGAGAGAGAUGGGUUGGCUAACGCGAUUCCUAGGGGCCGUGGCAUUCUUAGCGGUCGGGGUGAUAUUCUCACCGGAGACCUUUGGAUCGAAAUCGGACGGUGAGAAUUCAACUAGUAAGCUAGCUAUCUAUCUCAAGCUAGCUCAUCUUCUCUGCUACGCCACCGCCUUCGGCACCGCUCUCUGGGUCACCUUCAUCGGCGGCAUCAUCAUGUUCAAGAAUCUUCCGAGGCAUCAGUUUGGAAAUUUGCAAAGCAAGAUGUUUCCUGCGUAUUUCUCCAUGGUUGGGAUCUGUUGUGCAGUAUCAGUUGGGUCUUUUGCGUAUCUGCAUCCCUGGAAGUCAUCGUCUACCACUGAGAAGUACCAACUCGGGUUCUUGCUGUCUGCGUUUGCAUUCAAUCUCGCCAAUCUGCUUGUUUUUACACCGAUGACAAUUGAGAUGAUGAAACAAAGGCAUAAGGUGGAGAGAGAAUCAAACAUUGGGGAAGAAGUUGGGUGGUCAAAGAACGUGGAAGUUGCAAAGGUGAAUCCAAAGCUUAAAGCCAUGAACAAGAAAUUUGGGAUGAUUCAUGGGUUAUCAUCCCUUGCUAAUAUCAUGUCCUUUGGCAGCCUAGCCAUGCACUCAUGGUACUUAGCAGGUAAACUUAAUCUGUAGUUUCAAUCUGGUUUCCCAUUAAUAGCGAAGGUAGUGCUUUGGCUCUAUUGAUUACAUCAAUAGAGAGAGGACCUACGUGCUUUCUCUUUGUUAUAAAUACUUUGAAAUCCUCCUUGCCAAGUUAUGUAUGAUUGAACAAUAAGUUUAGAGAAGAAUCCUUGUCGAUGAAUUAUAAGUCCACAUUAUGAGCUAUAAUAAUAUGGUUACCAUGUUGAUAACAA